GCUUUUGCUUACCUAUUGGAAAAUAAUCGGAAGUUUUUGGACAAGCUCAUCACACACGUAAGAGUAUUUGCUAGAAUGGCACCCAAACAAAAGGAACGAGUGAUUAACGAGUAUAAGUCGCUUGGGUACGUCACUCUGAUGUGUGGUGAUGGAACAAAUGAUGUUGGUGCCCUGAAACACUCGAAUGUUGGUGUUGCUCUCUUGUCGCAUCCGUACGAUGCGACUAAGGCGGAGCAGAGGGAAAAAGAGAAGAAGGAGAAAAUUGAAGAGGCACGCCGCUUGAUGCAUCUUAACAAUCCUACUCCACCAGGAAUACCGAGCUCCGCUGUUCGGCGCGGAGAUGCUCCUAUAGGAGCUAGAAUGAGGUAUCAGCUAUAA